UGUAAAGAUGGCGGACGCAGCUGACAGUGACAACCCGGCGUGAAAUAUAUUCUAUGUGUAGAAGUAUGCGUCUGCAUCAGAUAUGAACAAACAACUGAUACAUAGGGAUUCAUAUCAGAAAUGGAACUUUCAUACGUGAAGCUAGUUUUUAUUAUCGGCAUUUUAUUACCAUACACAACAUGUCUUCACUUAAAAGGAACAUGGAACUCGGAAGGAUUUUUCCUGUUUCUGGCAAAGUUUGGUUUUCAGAAAACCACAUCUCCAGACUUAGACCGAACACAAGGUUAUAUUUUUGGAAACAUCACCACAGACUCAAGUCUAAGCAUGGAUCUCAUGCUUGUAGUAGUUGAUAGUGAAUAUUUUAUUGAAUUUUACACAAAUCGGACGUUACCACGGAAAGCUGCUUGUCCAAGAAUGUUCAACAAAAUAGACACUAUCGCUUUUGAUGUUGACUGUAAACCGAAAGGACAGCAAGAUUUUCUGAGGAGGGUGCCUUGUCCGUAUAAUAUGUUAUGUUCGGAUGAAGACGACCCACAGAAUGUAGUGCCUGGGUACCAGUUUACCUACAAAGUAAGGGACACAGAACGACCAAGGUUUUGGUAUGUCAGUAUUGUUGCCUGUUAUCGGGAAACUGUUCAGGAGCCCAGGUGUCAGUGGCGCUACAACAGGUCUCAACAUGGAAUAGUUGCCUAUGACAUAUGGAUGGUCAAUGGUGACCCCAGUGCAAAACACCUCAACCCAUUUGAACACCAGUUCUCCUUCGAGCUGCAUGAUGUGUUUGAAAUCCACCUGAUGGCAAUAGUUUUGUGUAGCUUACUGUUUCUGUUGUGGUUGUAUGCAUUCCGUAGACAACAACACACCCUAACAAAGAUCUUCACUGUCAGCUUCCUGUUGGAGAUGGUGGGCAUCAGCUGUAGCCUCCUUGACACCACCAUCUUUGCUUUCAAUGGGUGGGGGGCCGAGUGGCUGGGCAUCACUGGCACCCUUGUCCGAGUCCUCAGUCAGUGUCUGUUUAUGCUGUUCCUCUUGCUCAUUGCUAAAGGCUGGGAGAUUACCACGGACAAACUCAGCAGAAACACUGUCCUCUUCACUCUAUGGGGAAUCUACACUGUCUUGAAUAUUGUCCUCUUUGUCUGGAACAAAACUGAAGUAGACAUCAUAUCCAACUUAGAUGAAUGGCAGACAUACUCUGGAUAUCUGACUCUUGCAUUUCGUCUGGUUAUAAUGAUGUGGUUUCUGUGGGAACUUCGCCAAACUUUCCGCUCUGCCGUCCACCCAGACCGCCUGAACUUCUUCCAACACUUUGGUGCUUUCUGUCUGGUCUGGUUUGUCUACCUGCCUGUCCUUGCUCUCAUUGCAACGCAGGUGUCAGCUUUAUGGCGCUUCAAAACCGUUCUCAGUAUAUCCUAUGCGGCAGAUGUCUUGGCGUAUGCUGUUCUGAUUCACCUGUUCUGGCCCAGCAAGUCCGUGUUGUACAUGAUUAAAGGGGAAGUCCCUUUGCAAACUUAUGAUCUGGAAAUAACAGGGUUGCUGGAUGACAUACAGGAAACAACGCUGUUUGCACGAACAACAGGGAAGAGUGAUGAAGAAGAGGAGGGGGAUGAACUCCUUGGACAUGUUGAGGACAAAAAGAGCAACGGCAACAUCUCAAAUGGGAAAGUCAACCAUGUGACUCUACUAGGUGAACCAGAAGAAACAUCACUUUAGAUCUGCAGCUGUAGCAGAUCACUGGUGCAUUCAUGCUACACUUCGUUCAUGAAUCCCUUUUAUGAACAAAAAUAAUGUUUUGUUUAUUUUGAAAUUUCAUAGCUGUAAAACAAUAGAUACUGGCAUCAGUAUUUUUAAUAAGAAGGCUCAUGUUACUUGAACAUUAUUAUUAUUCAAAGCAUAAUAUAUUUAUCGUGAUACAAGAAUUGCCAUGUUUGGUAAGAUGAUGAGAAUGAUGAGACUAUGUGAUAUGCCAAAAGAAACAAAUGGGACAUAUUUUUAUCUGUCAUUUAAUAUUGUUAAGAUUGACAGUACAAGCAUAAUCCAAUGUAAUAUACACAUAUAUAUCGAAAUCAUAUUCAGAAUAUAUAUUCAGAAGUUUUAACCUGAUACGUAUGUGAAGUUACCUAUUAUGAUGUGAUGUGAUUGCUGUGUAUUUCGCUGUUUCCAGUAUGCUGUCUAACAGCGUGGCGUGUGUGUGGAGUCUUGUCACACUGAGUUGAAUUUGUGCUAUAGAUGUUAGCUCUCCUGACUGAAAGUCAACUGAGCUUAAGCCAUGGCCUGAUAGUCUGGCAUCCAGCAUCAGUCAUCUGUUGUAAACAUCUUCACAAACCACUGGACCAAAGAAGCGGAAAUUUCACAAACUUGUUCCCACCAGUGAUGACACCUAAAUUUGUCCGAGAGGUACGGAUCUCAUUUUCAAUGUGGCCGGCAUUGUUCAGUGUCUGUCUGUGUUAACAUUUACAACUGUUGUGUACAUAUCCAGGUGAGCUACAGUGCCGGGGCACUAUGUUUUAUGGUUUGCGUCAGUGCAUCUGAAUCCUUCUCAUUGUCUUUACUGGGUGGAAAUUUGUUGUUUAAUAUUUACACAUUCUUCAAUUGUACCUGCAGUCAGACAUAUUCAUUACGAAACUUGUUAUAUUAUAUGUUUGAAAAAAGAACUUUAUUGCAAGGUUGUGUAUAUCAAAACGUCACAAUUAGCUGUCCAUUCCUUGGAAGUAAUAGAGGUGUGCCCCAAAGAGUCUAGUCCCAUGAUAUCAUGGAAGGUCAGGUACCACUGCCUCCUGCUUGGAAUACACCAUACCCCGGGUACCAUAUUUCUCUGAUUAAACGCCUGGGCAUAUAUUCAAAUUUGUAGACAAUCUUUGCUCCAGGUGUUUAAUCACAAAGAUAUUAAUGUGGAGAACUCUGUGCAUAAAUCAAGGCCUGGCUUUUAAUCGAGACCUCAGCAUUAAUUUGAGGCUGGGCGUUUAAUUGAGGAAUUACGGUAGUUGUGUUAUGAUUACAUGGUAGAUUCAUGGAAUGGAGGAAUUCACUUUCCCUUGCGGAAAAGUCAUUGCUUGUUGAAGUCAGACAGUGACAUGUAGUAUAUUUCAAUUUUAGAAGUCAACAAGUAUUUGCAUUCUCUUAAUAUGAUAUUUAUCUUUCAAACAACAUUCAUUCAUACAACAUGUACAACGAUGUCAGUUUCCACAGCCAGUGAACAACAUUGGCCAAUUUUUUUUAUUAAUAUACCUUAUUAUUCACAACUUUCUAUGAAGUCAACGAAUAAGUUUCAGCCCAGUGACAUUUCAAUGUAAAAACUGUGGCAUGACCUCAUGAUUCUGAUUGCAAUUACACAUUUAAAUGAAAGCUGAGCCUUGUUAGGUGCUACCUGGAAGCCAGUAUCUCAUUGUUUAAUUUUUUGUCUUAUUUAUUUUCGUGCAAAGAGUGACACAUGAAUAAAAUAUUAGCCUAAGCUUGUGAGCACACAUCGUCAUGCAUUCCAUGUGAAAUCCCACUCUAAUUUACCUUUAGCAGCUGUGUACACUGAUAUGACUAAGAGUUCUUAUAUUGGAUGCCAAGACAAACUAAGUGGAAUGCUGGAUGCUUUGAGCAUGUUGAGAGAAGGGGUUGGCACCCUCACCAUACACAACUGUCCUCAUUUCAUUUUAUGCAUGCUCACUUGCUGAAAUCAUUAAUCCUUGAUCUCAGUUAACUAUUGUAUCAAUACAUAUCUUGACUGAAUAUUCCUCAGAACCUUUUUUGUUUCUCUCUUUGAGAAAAGACAAUUGUCCUCUUUAUAUAUUUGUUUUGUUUACAACAUGAAAAUAAGGAGUGAGUAGUCCUAAUAUAUCCUGACCGUUCCAUCUCAUCAUUAUGCAGGGUUGUGUGGGAUGGAAAUUAUUUCGUUGAAUAGAGAAAUAGAAAACUUAUCUUUGGUCUGAACAUGCAAAAAAACUUCUGUUUUACAGCUUUAGGCAUCCUGCUCCACAGAGAAUGUGGCUAGUAACAUCAAUGUAUACUACUCAAAAGGAGUUAGAGAACACAUGAUUUUUUCAUGUAACUACCGGUAUAUAGGCCUUUUAAAGGCUUUUUCAAGACCAACACUAAAAUUCAAAGCCUUUGCAAGCUGUGUGUGCACCAUGAAGUCAGUAGCAAGAGUAUGUGCUGUAUGUUUUGCAAGCAGCAGCUCGGGAAACUGAGCAAAAAGAAUGACAUCUUUUGUCGGGUUUUCAUGACGUCAGUGUGCCAGGUAUACAUAAAAUAAGGGUAGAUAAACUUUGCCCUGCAUGCUGUUUUAUUAAUUGUAGCACAUUUUUGUGUAAAAAUAAUCCUAUUCCUAGUAAGAAUGUUUAAUAAAUAUAAGUAUGUUAUACUCCAGUUCAUUCCAGGGAAUCAAACAAGAAUGUUUACAAUGGAUAACCGAUUUAUUGUUGUAUUUUUCAUAUCAUGCAUAUUUAAUUUUAGCUCUUGUUAUUAUAUUGCUGCUGUGUUGGAGAAGGGACAGGGGGGGCAACAUGGUCUCAAGUAAUGGAUUUCCUUCCUGUCACCUUCUCCUGCUUCUAUUCAACCUGUUUACAUAUGUACAUAGAUAUAGUUUAACUUCCCACUUGGCUUCAUCGACUUUAGCUUUAUGUCAAGUACCUCAAGUGUUUGCAGGAUGUUGUGGCCACAAUGGAACAUGCUAAGGCCGUGUAUUUAUUUAGGUAUUUUCUUGUUGAUUUACAAAAGUUUAUGCCUGAUAUUCAAUGUAGGUGUUCUAACAUGGCAAAAUACUGAAAGGUAACUGUGGAUGUUUUUGUUAGAAUAUAGAUUUUUAUACAUAUUCACCAUUUCCCCUAAUUAUAAAAGUCAGACAAAAUUCUUUUUAUUUUGGUGUCGGUCUUUCUCGUAAGCCAAUAAACAAAAUAAAAGGCCUUAAAUAUGAAAGUGCACUUUUUGUCGCUGUUUUACACUGAAGCAGUUUGAGUGAUAUUAGAUCAAUGUAUGUGUUGCACAGUUUAUGAGAUUUAUCUCACAGCAUUAAGCAAGCAAGCAAGCAAGCAAUACAAAUACAAGUACAAGUUAGGUCCUCAGUUGUCACUGGUAUGUGAUACAGCUUAAAGAUUAAUUCAAAAUGUCAUCGCCUGUCUGGAAAGACAUACUUGCUCUUGUCCAAAUAGUAAGAGGAAGCAGGCCAUCCAAGGUUGCAUGAGCAACUAUGAACAUGGUGUAUUCUUCAAAUUGUACAAAUAGAAUCCUCCACCUUUCAUUGCGGAAACUGUUUACUAAGUACCAUUUGGAAUCCCUCAUGGUGGCUCUGGGUUAGAAUUGGUCCCCAGCAACCUAUGCUGGUCAUCAGAGGUGACCAAUUGGAUCGGUGGUCAAGCUCAGUGACUUGGUUGAUUGAGUGUCAUUGUAUCCUGAUGACAUGUAUUGUUGCUCACAACUUCAAUCACUGGAUUGUCUUGUCCAGACUUGAUUAUUUACAGGGUUCCGCCAUAUAGCUGGAAUAUUGCUGAGAGUGGCGUGAAACAACCAACAAACCAGUUGGAAGUGUUGUUUGGCCAUUAUUCCCUGUAUGAUCUGGCAAUAGCAUGUUCUGUACAUGUGGGUGAUGACACGUGCUGAAAGUACAAGGGGUUGUGUUUUGAAACACUGGUAUAAAUGUAUGUUUGCUCACUCAUCUUUUGGAUGAAUUUGUACCAUUUUGUUUCAAGUAUGUAUAUGUCAUAUUGACUGAAUAAAAUUAUGGGGAGGUUU